CCACACCGUAAAUCUGGCGUGCAAGAGCGAAUCCGUAUUCAUGUAUCAGCCAAAUUUCAACGGUCGUUGGCUGAAAGAUGGCUGGAAGUUGAACCAAUCUCAAAGGAUCUCCAUUGACGAAAAUAACAAUGUAGAGAUCAUAGAGUUGCAACACGACGACCGAGGCAAAUACGAAUGUGAGCUUGAACACGAAAAUGAACGAGUUAUUGUAAACACAGUGUACUUACAUUUUGGAUCGACUGGACACACAAUGGGGGAAUCAGGUUCGUGGCUCAACAAGCAAAACGAAGCCCUUGGGUUGGACAACAUCUUGGUAGUGUCUCUUAUGAUAAGCAUUGCAACAUUGUGUCUUUGGGGAACCGCUCUUGCAGGGAUGCGAUACAAGGCUAGAUCUGGGGAUGAUGACAGUGAGGCUGCUUGAUAGAAAACAACUAAGAUGAAUUACCAUUUAUCACAAUAUUUAGAUGAAAAUUAAUUACUUUUAUACAAAAAUACAUAACAAAUAAACGUAUUUAUUUACCUAAAAUUACUUAAGUGUCAUCAUUGUCUUUGAAGAAUCAUAAUUGCAAAAUCCCGCAACAUGAGUGGGUCUGGGAUACAAUUUUCUUCUUCAAACACUGAAGAAAGAGGAGUCUACAUUUCAAUCUAUAUGAUAUAU